AUGGCAAGCCAAAGUUCAGCCCACCUUUGUGUUGAUCAAUCUAAAAAACUUCCUACAACACCACCUUCAGAAUACGACGAAUUCAUCGAGCAGACUCAUCAGCUUGGUCCAUGCCAAUCCUCCAUUCUCGUACUCAUCGCGAGCCAUGCUAGGCUCCUACUUACGAACUUAGAGUCACUCGAAUCAGACCCUUCUUUCAACUGGCUCCCUUUACCCGAUCCCUAUAAAUCGCACCCUAACAGAUAUACGUGCACAGUUGGUUGCUGCAACAGACUGGUCUGCAUCAGUGAGAUCGUUAACACUAGAUUUGUACUCGUAAAUCCAUCUAUCGCAUCAGCCAGCUUUGGUUUCGGUUAUGAUGCUUGCAAUGAUGAUUACAAAAUUGUUGGAGUCAUGGAAUAUUACGAAGGAAAAAUUAUUAGGGACGUUGCGGUUUACAGUCUGAGGAAAAAUUCUUGGAGAGUGGUUGAGACUACUAAAUCCUCGAAGAAAUCUGCACAUACAAUGGAAAAUCAGAAUGGAAUCCUUCUAGAUAACCAUUUACUUCAUUGGAUUGUCAGACAGUCUUCUGAUAAUCAUCGUAGGAUUCUCUGUUUCGAUCUUCAGAACGAAAAAUGGGUUCCUGAUGAUAUAUCUGUUCCUGUUAACUUUAAAGAUGAUGGCUAUGAAACAAGAUAUCAUUACAAGCUUGCAGUGCUGCAGGGAUACUUAUGUGUCUUGAUUGCUAAAAGCCGUCAUCAUGAUUAUGAAACGGUCGAUCUAUGGGCGAUGAAGGAAUAUGGUGUGGCUGAGUCUUGGGUGACUUUGCUGAGUCUGUCGCAUCAGCGUGUUGCCAGGAUUCGGAAUAUAUACCCUUUGUGUUAUCGCGAAGACUCAGCCCAGGAGAUUUUAGUAUGUAAAGUUGAUAAAUUUGAUAAUAAUACGGCCAAGUUUGUUUGGUAUAAAACUAGUGAUGAGCAGUUUGAAAGAGAGGUUGAGCUUGAUUGUGAUGUAACCUUCAACCUUGUGGAUGCUCAUGUGUGCCUUGGAAGCAUGUGAGUUUGUGAGCUGGGAUGAUUGGUUGGUCUUUGUUUGUCUCUAUAUUGUGUGCUUGCUUUUAGUAAUUUCAUGAAGUUUUUUUGGAAUUUUAUUUGUCUAUUCUCAAUGGAACAGAAGAUCUAUAUUUUUUUUUUUGUUGAAUUAUAAAAUGGUUCAUAAAUCAUGGAGUAUUCUUGUCUAUUUAAGUAAGCAGCAAGUCUUGUAUGAGACAGUUCAUAAAUCAAGGAGUAUUCUUGUUUAUUUAAGUAAGCAGCAAGUCUUGUAUGAGACCGUCUCAUUGUGAAACGGGCUCAUACAAGUAGCUCAUUAGUAAAAAAUACAUUAAGAAAAUAAAGAAAUCUGAAUUCACACUUGUACAUAAAGCAUUUUUUUAAAAAAUAGUUGGGGUGAC